GUUUUAACAGGUGUCGGUGUCAAUAGCGCAGUAUAUGACCGGUUUUCAGAAUGUCUUGUAAUCACCGUGCCCGCCUUUGCACUCUCCAGAAAUGGGAAAAUUAUUCAGGUUACGGAUUUAGCCUACAAGCAACUAAAGGCAAAGUUGGUCAUUAUAUAAGCGAGGUUGAUCAAACAUCUCCGGCUUUUGCAGCCGGUCUUAGAGAUGGUGAUUAUGUAGUGGAAGUGAAUGGUGUUAACGUUGUACCUGAUCAACAUCAAGAAGUAGUGCAAAGAAUUUUAAAAAAUCCAUCCAAAGUUUCCCUUCUUUUACUGGAUCCAGAAUCAAAAGCUUAUUUCGAAAAUCAUUCAAUCGCUGUCAAUAAAUUUAUGGUAGAUAUUGUGAAAAUCAAUUGUCCAGCAGUUAAUCCAUUUACAUCUGAUCUAAAGGUGAAUGGACGUAAAGAAUCGGUUUCAGAUAAAAGUGAAUCAGAGAGAAUUAAACCAGAAAAAUCAUCCACACGUCCAUCAUCUACGCUUUCAUUAUCACAAAAUAAUAAUUCAACGUCAAGCAUUCGUCAUAGUUCACCAGUAUACAGUAAUCGAUCAAUCAAUAACCAGAUAAAUGGUGAUGAUUCAUUUACUCGUGAAAAUUCACUUUCAAAAGAAUCCAAUAAAUCCAUUCCAACAACUAUAAAUGAUAAUAAUUCAGAUAUUAUUAGUAAUAAAUCAACUGUAGUCUCUGGAGGACGUCGACGUGUUCAACACCAUGAUUCGCUUAGUUUUAGUGCACGUGCAAAAAUAGUGAAUGAUUUAUGAGAUGAGAUGAGAUGAAAUGAUGGAAUGAAAGUUCCCUCCUUUUUUUGUUUUCAUUAUUUCAUAUGAACAGAGUGAUAUCAUGAUUAAAUUAUCAUCAAUACAAGCUGUGCAUUGAACUGAUCAAUAAUUAUUUGUUUGUUUGUGCAAAGUUUAUUCAGAGAAAUUUUGUUUUGUUUUGUUUUUUUCUUUCUUUUCUAAUCUAAUAUUAUUAUCCAUUUUUUAUUUUUAUUCUUGCAUUAUUUUAGUCAUAUAUAUACUACUAUUAAUAUUUUCAUUAUUUUGUAUAAUAAAGAUCUUUAUCAUUAUGAA